GUUCCAUAGAGUUUUCGUCUUUCUUUUUCUUUCAAUUGCAAGUUACUGUACGUGUAGUUUUCCGUGUGGUCUCUACAAUCAACUUCCACAAUGGUUGCGGCGAAAAAACAGAAAAAGACUAUUGAGUCUAUCAACUCACGUUUGGCGUUGGUUAUGAAAUCCGGCAAGUACUGCCUCGGAUACAAACAAACCUUGAAGACUCUACGACAGGGCAAAGCUAAAUUGGUCAUCAUUGCCAAGAAUGCACCUCCACUAAGGAAAUCUGAAAUUGAGUAUUACGCUCUCUUGGCGAAAACUGGUGUCCAUCACUACAGCGGUAAUAAUAUUGAACUUGGAACUGCCUGCGGAAAGUAUUAUCGAGUAUGUACACUAGCAAUCACUGAUCCUGGUGAUUCGGACAUUAUUACUUCACUACCUGAAGCCACGGCGUAGAAAUAAUAAAAUUACUUAUAUAACAAACGC